CUGCCUAGGUACAGCUGGGAAGUAUAGUUAGGGGUCUCACUGUGUCGCUAGUGAUGUGCGCCUAAGCGGACUCCAUCUCCCAGCAUGCUUGGCGGUGCAACAGGGCCGACGAGAGAGCGAGUGGACAGUGUGGGGUUAGUCGUCACGUGCGGUACGAGGUGCGUGUGCCGUUGAUGCUGGAGGAGGAGACGAAGAAGACGCCGACGACGGAGGAGGUGGGGGCAGAGACUGCUGCUGCCGCCGCCGACGCUGCUGCUGUGCUGGCUGCCGUGCGCGAGGGCUGUUUUUGUCGCUCUCCGCGGCUCGGCCCGCAGCGCCUGCCAGGGAAGCCCACGAGCGGGCUUGGCCGGACGACGGCAGCAUCGGCAGCAUGAGCGAUAACGAUGACAUCGAGGUGGAGAGCGACGAAGAGCAGCCGAGGUUUCAGUCUGCGGCUGACAAACGUGCUCACCACAAUGCACUAGAGCGCAAACGUAGGGACCACAUCAAGGACAGUUUCCACAGCCUGCGGGACUCUGUGCCGUCGCUUCAGGGAGAGAAGCAACAGGCAUCCCGGGCCCAAAUCCUAGAUAAAGCCACAGAGUACAUCCAGUACAUGCGCCGGAAAAACCACACACACCAGCAGGACAUAGAUGAUUUAAAGCGCCAGAAUGCCCUGCUGGAACAGCAAGUUCGUGCACUGGAGAAGGCAAGGUCAAGUGCUCAGCUGCAGGCCAACUAUUCCUCUUCAGACAACAGCCUCUACACCAAUCCCAAGGGCAGUACCAUCUCGGCCUUUGAUGGAGGCUCCGACUCCAGUUCAGAGUCUGAGCUGGAAGAGCCUCAGAGCCGGAAGAAGCUUCGUAUGGAGGCCAGCUAGAAGAAGCCUCAGUUCCCGCUGCCAUUAGACACUUGCUGGCUGCUUAAGGACUUUCCUUUUUUUUUUCUUUAGUAGAGGCUCUUGGACUGCAGCUUCUGCUGUUCCUUGGCCUGCCCCCUUUUGAAUUAACCCAAACCCCUGGCUUGGCAGCUUGCCUUCUGGAAGAUACCAGCCAUAGCUUGGAGCAGGAUGUAGUUUUGCCUUGUCCUGCCUCAUGGGUGCAAGUUUCUAGUGUCAGGAAUGCCCAGACCAUUUGAUGAAUUCAUGGGUCUGUGAUUGCCUGGGCUGUGUGGGGACAGUGACCUCUCCAUUCUUUCACUAGAGCUGCACCAGUCUCACUGUCGCAUUUAUCAAAAUAUUUUUAUUUAUGACAACAAAGCCAAAAGUCCCCUGAAGAAUCUUGGUGUGGGAGAGGGUCAUGCAGAACUCGGUAUGUAUGUCCCUCGUUUCCUGAAGUGAUGGUGCAGGAUUCAGAGUGAUGCAGGGAGAUGGAUUUCCUUUUUGUAUUUUGGCAAGUGAUUAAUUGGUAUUUAUUUCCUUCUAUGGAAACUCAUUCUGGUCAGAUUCCUCCUCUUGCUGCGGACAUUGGUAAUGUGAAGCUACAGAUUCAUACCAUGAUCAAUUCUUCCCUCUUUUUGAAUUUCUCAGAAAUAGAGCCAGCUUUUAUAAUGUAAAUACACCACAAGCUUUGUUACUUGGUACUAAUAACUGCAUCAAAGCGUGGACCUCCUGCCCUCUGGAAAAUGGGCCAGUUACCCACGUGAGUUAAAGGGGCACAGGCUGUGAGUGAGCAAAGGCCGCCGUGUGUAUGUGUGUAUGUGCACGCACAUGUGCAUGAGUGUGCAUGUGUGUGUGUAUGUGUGUGUGACCUUAUAUUUUUGUCUUCUUCCCACUCUUGUUUGUGAUGUUUUCUGAAUUUAGUGUAUACAAGUGUAGCUUGGUCUCUGUCCAGGUGUGAGUCUAUUCCACAGAACUGAAGUAUGUUGUACAUACUGCCCAAGAAUUGUCUUGCAAGUUAAGGCUUCCCUUUACUAUAAGACUAUAAAUAAAAAAGUAUUUUAUCCUU